AUGAGUCCCGACCAGGCGGACCAAUGGAUGAAGGAUAUGGAGCACAUAUUUGAUGCCAAGAGGUGCCCCGAUGAGAGCAGGCUUGCUUUCACUGUCUACAUGCUCACAGGAGAGGCUGAGCAUUGGUGGGCCAGCAUGAGGCUAGUGAUGGAAGAGAAGCAUGAGGAUUCAGUAGCUGAGUACGCCGAGAGGUUCAAGCAUUUGGGGCGUUUCUACACUAUGUCACUCGAUGAGGAGUGGCGUUGCAGAAAGUUUGAGAAUGGUCUUAGAGGAGACAUUCGCAUGAUGGUGGCCCUACUGUCCAUCAAGGACUUUGCGGCCUUGGUGGAAAAGGCCAGGGUCAUGGAGCGGAUGAAGGUAGAGGUGGAAGCCCAGCAGCAGCCACAACAAAGAGUUAGUGGACCAUCUGGGUCUAGGCCGAGAGUUGAAGAGAAGAAGAAGCCAUGUGCUAGGCCUCAUCCACAGCCACAGGGGUCUAGAGGCUUUUCUUCCCCGCCUAGUAGGAUCUAG